AUGGAAGUCUGCAACAUAAUGGGAUGGAAUGGUAGGGGUCUGAAUAAAAGGGAUAAGCAGAGAUCGGUUUUGGAUGUGCUUAGAGAGAAUAAAGUAGGGCUUGGUGCUCUUCUAGAAACUAAAAUAGAGCAUGACAAGGUUAAAGAGGUUGUGACUACUAGUUUUCCCAACUGGGAGUUCUACUCGAGUUCUGUUAUUAGUAAAAGAAUAAUUCUGGUUUGGCAAGCGAAAUUUGUUCAUGUUGAGAUCAUAGAGGAGGAUUUCCAAUUUGUCCACAGCAGGGUGAAAGUGAUAGGCUUGGGGGAGGAAUUUUACUUCACUGCAGUCUAUGGCAGUAAUUCGGCUUUGGAAAGGAGGUCUCUUUUUGAGAAGUUGGCAGGAAUAGGGAUGGUUAAUAAGCCUUGGUUAAUCCUUGGAGACUUUAAUGCGAUGUUCUGUUUUCAAGAUAGGAAUGGAGGCAAAGUGGAUGAGAUCAAAAGCUCAGGAUCUUACUUCACUUGGUCUACCAAGCAUGAUCUUGGGUCUAGAAUUUUCUCAAAGCUUGAUAGAGUUCUUCUUAAUGAAGAUUGGAUGGACCAUUUCCCCGACAAUGAAGCUUGCUUUAAAUGGGAGUGCAUUUCAGAUCAUAGCUUUUGCAUUGUCAAAAACAACAGAAUCGGUAGUGUGGGUGUGAGACCUUUUAGAUUCUGCAAUCACUGGGCUUUACAUAGUAAAUUCAGAGAGAGAACUCUAAGCAGCUGGUUCAAUUCUUUUGAUACUAAGAACACUGCCGGUUUAGUGAAGAAAUUACUGAGAGUGAAGCAUAUUUUGAAGAAGUUCAAUAGGGAGGAGGCAGGAGAUAUUGAGCAGCGAUAUAAUCAUUGCAAAGAUGAGUUUAUCUUAGCUCAGGAUAAUCUAGCCAGAGAACCGAACAACAACAUCCUGCUUCAAGAAGAGAAAGUGAAAAGUCUUGAGUAUGUUGCAGCCUUGAAACAAUACUCUGUUUUUCUUCGGCAACAGAGUAAAGUGUCUUGGUUACAGAAUGGUGAUGAUAAUACCAGGUAUUUUCACUCCUUUUUGAAGAAAAGAAGAUUAGAAAAUAGAAUCACUACCUUUGAGAGGAAUGGGAUGAUUGUUGAUGAUUAUAACCAAGUUGUAGAGCAUUUUCUUAACCAUUUCAGAAAUUUUAUGGGAAAGAAAAGUUCUGCAACUAAAAGGCUGGAUAAACAUUGUAUUAAUCAGGGGCCGGUCCUUUCUAUUGAGCAACAACUUAGACUGAUAAGACCAUUCAAAGAGAAAGAUGUGAAGCAGGAUAUUGGACAUGAUGUUUCUACGGCUAUUCUUAAUUUCUUUGAGGAGGGCAUUAUGCCAACCUCACUGAAGGAUGCAGUCAUCACUCUUAUCCUGAAGACCCAAGAGCCAAAGGAUGCUAGUGACUAUAGGCCUAUUGCUUGCUGUAAUACUGUGUAUAAAUGUAUUUCCAAGAUGAUUUGUUCUAGAUUGACAGAAGUUCUUCCUAGUCUUGUGAAUGACAACCAGGGAGCUUUCGUCAAAAAUCGUUUGCUUGCCCACAACAUUAUGAUUUUCCAAGAUCUCCUUAAAGGAUACACAAGGAAAAACAUUUAUGCUCGGUGCAUAAUGAAGAUUGAUUUGAGUAAGGCCUACGAUACUGUCGACUGGCAAUUUGUGGAAGACCUCCUAAACAGCUUAUGCUUUCCCUCGAGAUUCAUUCAUUGGUUGCUUGUUUGUCUUAGAGGUACUACUUACUUCCUUUUGCUUAAUGGUAGAAUUCAAGGUUCCUUUAAAGACGAUCUCAUUAUUUUUUGUAAGGGAAAUAUGAAUUCUGUGGAGUUAGUCAAUGAAGCUUUUCAAGAUUUCAGCCAAGCGACUGGGAGUAAGCUGCAUAUGCCAUCAUGGGAAAAAGUUUGUCUCCCUAAACAGUUCGGUGGUAUUGGUUUCAGAGAGGGGAAGAAAUGGAACAUGGCGAGGGUUGCCAAACACUUGUGGGCGAUUUUGAGCAAGCAAGAUAAUCUUUGGGUGAAAUGGAUCAACUCCAUUUACUUAAAGAAUCAGGACGCGUGGUCUUGCCCGAUAAAACCAGACCUGAGUUGGUACUUCAAGAAGCUUUUGAAGAUUAGAAAUGUGACGAAUGCAAACAUGGUGAACCAGGCGGUGAAAGGUAAUAAAUUCAAAGUGAACAGGUUUUAUAAUGAGUUGAUUGGACCUAUUAGAACUCCCUAUACUGCUACUGUUUGGCAUAAAUAUAUUGUUCCUAAACACAGGUUCAUGUUUUGGCAAAUCAUAAAUGAAAACCUGCUCACCCGUGAUCACUUGAGCAGAUUUUUUCCCAUUCAUUCAGGGCUGUGUUUGGUCUGUGAUGAUGCUCCGGAAUCCCAUAAUCAUCUAUUUUUUGAAUGCAUCUUCACAAGGAAUCUCAUUGUGUUUGUAGAAAAAUGGGCUGGGCAGAUGCGUUGGCCGAAAAACAUCUCAGAACUUCAUGACCAGGUUCUUCCAGCUAAAGUUAACUUAGCUUCUAAAAUCAUGAAUGCCAUUACUGCUGCUGCCUUGUAUUUACUGUGGAAGAAUAGAAAUGACUGCUUGUUUAAUAUGGUUUGUAAUUCAGUUGCUUCACUUAGCAAAGAGAUUAAGAGUGUUGUUAAGGCUAGAGUUCUUGGGCUUUUUUGUACUAGUCAAAAGAAGAAAGAUCAAUAUGUGUUGAGGUUACUCAAUAGUUGGUAG